GCUAACUUCAGAUUUAUGUAUAUAAGUAAGUGAGUAGUUAGGCAGUCAGCAAAUACCAAACUGGUAAAUUCCAAGUCAAUUCUCUCUGCUCUCUCACAGCCUCCCGUCAACAUGACUGAAUCUGGAACUUGCCCCUCCGUCAUCAUCUUGCGUUACCAAGACGGCAGUGAAGGGUGUCCCUCCAACCCUGCCAGGUUCAACAAUCAAGACUAUGUGCAGCUGAAAGAUCACCACCUUCGCAAAGGGACACUGUUUGAGGACACCACCUUUCCACCUAACAGCCCAUCUCUGGGAGACAUGUCUAAGCUGAAUCUAAAAGACAAAGUGGAGUGGCUUCGACCAGCAGAAAUCUUGAAAAGACAAAAGAUUAUUGGUGAGCCUAUUUUCUGUGAUGGAGCUUCACGGUUUGACUAUGGGCAAGGCAAUUUGGGUGACUGCUGGUUUCUGUCUGCAAUUUCCUCACUGACAUUCCAGGAAGACCUGGUGAAGGAAAUUGUGCAUAUAGAACAGUCCUUCAUUAACUAUGCAGGGAUUUUUCACUUCAAGUUUUGGAGGUUUGGCAAGUGGGUAGAUGUUGUCAUUGACGACCUCCUGCCAACAUGCAACAACAAGUUAGUGUUUGUUCACCCCAAAAAUGGAAACGAGUUCUGGGUUCCUCUGCUGGAGAAGGCAUAUGCCAAAGUGUGUGGUUCAUACUCAUACAUAUGGGGUGGGUUCCCAUCAGAUGCCUGCAAGGAUUUCAGUGGAGGCGUGCACAUGACUAAAAAACUCAGGGAGGCCCAAACCGCAGAUCAUAAAAUUGAGCUGUGGCUCGCACUGAGCAGAGCCUUUCAGUGCAAGUCGAUGGUUUGCUGCUGGACUGCCUCUAUAGAGGAUAAGUUGGAGAACAAUAUAGCACACACUGGAUUGAUAAAUAAACAUGCCUACUCUGUCACAGCAGUCACUGAGGUUGUGUACGGCGGUUCCAAAGUGAAGCUGGUGAGAGUUAUGAACCCUCAUGGCAAAACGGAGUGGAAUGGAAAUUGGAGUGACAAUUCAGAUUUGUGGACAAAAGUAAACCAAGAAGAUCGGAAAAAUCAUUUAAACCUCAACAAUGGAGAGUUCUGGAUGGAGCUGAAGGACUUCUGUCACUAUUUCUCGAGGGUGUCAAUCUGCUGUGAGAGCCCUAACUUUAUCGACGGAGACUUCACCUGCCAGUGGACAUGCAUGAUUCAUGACGGCAACUGGGUGGCAGGGACAUCGUCAGGCGGAAGCCCGAACCAUUCUACGUUUGCCACCAAUCCUCAGUAUCGCAUCCAGGUGACUAACAUAGACAAGGAGGAGCAGGGAGACAAAAACGUCUUUCUUUCCCUGAUGCAGAAACCUCUGCAGGAUCUGACAAAGAAAACAUUCUUAUUCAUUGGACUGGCUGUCUAUCAGGUUCCAGCAGGGACACCACAAGGACGCCUGAAGUCCUCCUUCUUUAAAAGCAACACACCACUAAAGCAACCACCGGCUUACACCGCAGAAAGGGAGCUGAUUGAGCAGCACAGUCUGCAGCCUGGAGAGUACGUGAUUGUCCCCUUCACCGAGAAAGCCAAUACUGCAGACUUUGUUCUCUCAGUCUACACCAAGACUGAUGCUACGAAUACUUAAGGACUUACUGAUAUUUGACAUAUACUGUCCCAAUGCAGUCUUUUAUAACAAAACAAGGAUUGCUCAUUCAAUAUCUGAUCUAUACUUUAGGCUAGUAUUCUCAGGUCAUAUCCUUGGUGUAGGUUUUGGAAAUUAGUGGUUUUAGCAAGGUGGGUUACUUAACAAACAUAUAGUUAUUUAGAGGCUGAUUACACCAUGUUUAUUUUGAAGAUUUUUACUUGAUGUUUGAAUAUGCUUAAGACUGAUAAAUGCUACUCAAAUGAUGUUGGAUAAUGUUUAAGAUGUUUACUGACCAAUAAUGUUAGCCGCUAUACUUCAGGGUGCAGUCUUUUUGCUUAGCCUUGUUGCUCUCAAUCUGUGGCUUCACAUAUUUGUAAGAACACACAGAACCAUUUAGCAACAUUGCUAAAUGGCUGUGGGGAAAGUUAGGGUAAAAGCCACAAUUCAAAAUUAAUUCAUCACAUCAGAUCAGGGUCUUUAUGGAUUCUAUCAUAAUGUUGCUUGCACCCCAGGCUUGAUAAAACUUAAAGACUAGAUUUAUAAACAUAAGGGCCCUUGCAAGGAGACUGCAGUGUUGAUGUCAACCAACAGUGUGAUUGUUUUGUGCAUGGUUAAAGGAUUUCAGUGCCAUAUAUCAGUCUUUAUUUUGUUUGGAAGUGGAUAGGGAUAGGGUUACGCUAUUUAAUAUUAUUUAAUAUUGAUUGUGUGUGGAUGUGGAGGUGGAGAAGGUGGGCCUUACCACAAGACCCUCAACAGACGGAGCAAGGCAGUAGGCUAUGUAUUAAUUAUUGUAAUACUGAGUUGGAUGCGUCUGCUCCCAGAACCAGCUCGGACACAUAUACUCUUUUUUUACAUUGCGGUUUUAUUUAUUUCAUGUCUUUAGUCUUAGUCUUAACUAAAGAUCAUGGUGUAAUCAUUUGUACCCUUCUAGUCGCGUCUUGGCUUUGUAGUACUUUUUCUGGUUGAACUACAUCAUUGAUUGUUUUGAAAAAAUCUUAAUAACCAGAUUAUAAAAUAAAAAUCCCAUGACACCAGAA